CCUCUUGGCAGUUCAGCCAAGCUUUUAUGGAUUUCUUUAAGCCUCCGAUUGUGCUCAUCCACGGCCUGUGGAUGACACCGCUUUCAUGGGAGUACUGGAUACCAUUUUUCGAGAAAGAAGGGUUCGAGGUCCACGCUCCGGGCUGGCCGGGGGUGGACGGCCGAACGCAUGAAGAGAUCCGUGCGAAUCCGAAGCCGAUAUCCCUACAUCGAAUAGAAGACAUUGUGGACCACUACGAGACAUACAUCAGGAAGCUUUCAGAACCUCCCAUCAUCAUUGGCCAUUCUUUCGGCGGCUUGUUCGCCCAGAUACUGUUAUCGCGAGGGCUUGGGGUAGUUGGAGUUGCUGUGUGUCCCGCGCAGCCAGCGGGGAUCAUUUACAUUUCACCGAGCACCAUAAGGACGGCGAUGCCCAUUUUCACUCACCCGUUGCACUCUGACGCCACAACACCGAUAUCCGAAAGCCACUUUCGCUAUUGCUUUGGCAACCUCGUUACAGCUGAGGAAAGCAAGAAGUUGUGGGAGCGAUAUUGCAUUCCAGCAGAUUCUCGGGUCCUCUGGCAAUUGACGACGAAUGUUACAGCCGGAGAGGCUGCCCCCCACUAUGUACAAUUCGACAAGCCUGACAGGGCACCUUUAUUGCUCAUAGGAGCCUCGAAGGAUCACAUCGUGACGGCAAGGACCGUCAGGAAAGAGUUCAAGGCAUACAAAGGACCUGCGCCGGUGAAAUACAAGGAGUUCAAGGCAAUGAGCCAUGCACUGGUUUUUCAAGAAGGGUGGGAAACAGUCGCUAGUUAUGUUUUGGAGUACAUUGAUAAGCAUAUUCAUUGAUAGCGUUAGAGUCAUGGCUUUCCAGGUGGCUCAAAGAGUUAGACAUCAUGAUAAGUCAACAUACCCACUUCCUGGCCCCCCCCUGUUUCUGGCACC